CCCCCCUACACAUUCACACACACACACACACUUUAAAUCCUCUUCUUCGGCGCACACUGAAAAACACGCCGUCUUUCUUCCACAUGCAGACUCCUCUGGAGGAGAUCACGCUAACCAUGCUCUGCGGGGCUCGGCUCGUGUAAAACCGGCAAGGUUCAGUAGGGGGGGGAGAUCCUAGACGUCGAGACACUCCGGGCGACCGCGGAUGUGAGCGCCGAACAGCUGCAGAAGUCGCGUCUGAAAGCGGGUCGCGAAGGAGCCAGCAUCCGCGCAGCUUUUUUUACUCCCCGGAGCACCGCGAGGAAGGCGGCCAGCAUCCUUGGCAUCUCUCCCCCGGCUGUCCUUGCGUUCCGGCAAGGCUAAUCGGAGCGGCGAGGACGUCCUUCGUUCCGUAAAGCGCCUUAUAUCGGGUGUGAACAGCGACCCGAGCAGUGCUGUAGUGACUGUCAUCAAGUUAAAAAAAAAAAAAAAGACCCCGCACCUCCGAACCAGAGAGCCGCCGCCAUGGGCAAACAAAACAGCAAGCUGCGGCCAGAGAUGCUGCAGGAUCUGAGGGAGAACACGGAGUUCUCUGACCACGAGCUGCAGGAGUGGUACAAGGGUUUCCUGAAGGACUGUCCCAGCGGAACAUUGAACGUGGAGGAGUUCAAGAAGAUCUACGCCAACUUCUUCCCGUACGGCGACGCGUCCAAGUUCGCCGAGCACGUCUUCAGAACGUUCGACACCAACGGCGACGGCACAAUAGACUUCCGGGAGUUCAUCAUUGCCCUGAGCGUGACAUCGAGGGGCAAGCUGGAGCAGAAGCUCAAAUGGGCCUUCAGCAUGUACGACCUGGACGGCAACGGUUACAUCAGUCGCGAGGAGAUGCUGGAGAUUGUACAGGCAAUUUACAAGAUGGUGUCCUCUGUAAUGAAGAUGCCCGAGGACGAGUCCACGCCCGAGAAGAGGACAGAUAAGAUCUUCAGACAGAUGGACCUCAAUAAUGACGGCAAGUUGUCACUGGAGGAGUUCAUCAAAGGAGCCAAAAGCGACCCCUCCAUCGUCCGGCUACUCCAGUGUGACCCCAGCUCAGCCUCCCAGUUCUGAACAACCGCCCCACCCCAUUAUACCCACCCCCCCAUACAGGAAGCCUGCUUGGCGGCCCCCUCCCCUUCUUUUUCCCUCUCUGUUGCUAUAACAACAGUCACUGGGGAUAAAUGCAUGAUGGUUCUCCCUAAUGUCAUUUUUGUUUUAUGUUCGUGUAUUCAAAGGGGGGGGGGGGGGAGAAGGAACGUAUCACUGUCAUCUUCCUGUUUAUUUUUGUAUAUGUCAGCUAAU